CUGGACUUUGUGUGGAGCUGGAAGGGUGUUUUUUAAAAGGAGGGAAGCAGAAGAGAACAGCUCAAGAAUCUUGGCUCAGCCUGGGCAUAUUUCCUCCUAACUCUGGCUAAACAUCAGCACGAACGGCUGGACGGAGGAGUUGAUGCAAAGCUGGGGAGGGAGGCUGCAGGGCUCUCCACCAGGACUACAGCAGAGCUUGGAGAGGCUGAAACCAUGCUUUUCCUUUGGGCACUGAUGCUUAUUUUAGUCGUGCAGGAGCGAGAUCUCUUAGCUGCUGCAGACCCUGUCAGAGUGUUUCCGGGAAGUGUGGGGAGAGGAAGCUGGUGUAAUGAACAUGAUACAAUCCACAAACGCUUAGAUAUUAUUGAAGAGACGGUAAUAAAAACAGUGGAGCAUCUAGAAUCAGAAGUCAAAUCGCUCCUCAACACCAUCAGUGAGACCACAAUGAACAUCCCCAUCCCUCCCGGAACCCCACUUCCAGACAUUUUUGAUGGAUGUGAAGUAAUGCCUUCAUUCAAUUCAGUGCCACUAAGGCCUCAGCUGAAAUACUGGAUCCAGUUUUAAACACCAGAUACCAGCUGAGCACUGUGAAGACAGAAGACAGUACAGUCUAACAGUUUGGUUGUCAUAAGCAGUUGCACUGUUGUUCAUUUAAUAAGCUUGUGUUUCCAGAAUCUGAGCAGAGGUAAACAGUCCUCAGCUAUAGUUUGCCUUCUGUGUUCCUGUGCUUUAUAAUAAACAGGUAUUGCUUUUAGAAACUA